CGGUCUUCUAUUGUAUUUUGGCGGAACUCAAGUCAAGGAUCCAACUCACUUCUGACAGAGGAGAACUGGGCACUUUACGAGGAUGAACAACCUGGAGUGGACAUCCGCUCAGCAAGCCACAUGCACAUUCUUCCACGUGCUUGCAAUCUCCACGACGUCCUUUCGGUUAUCCUAUCGCUUGUACAUGCGCCGCCUCUGGCUUGAGGAUGCAUGUGCCGCGCUCGCGCUCGCAGGUGAUACAAUCUGUCUGGUGCUCGUGUGGGUGUUCUGGCCAUACGAAGAGCCCGGCCCCUCAGGUCCAUCACCACUGCUAUACAUAGCUGCAUCGCUGCCCAGCGAUGUUCUCUGGCUCGCGCGCAUGAGUAUUUUGUUCUCCAUCAUUCGCGUGACGAAUCCUAAGUCGACCCAGCGCCGCAUUGCCUAUGCAACUGCAGUUUCGUUCACUGUAUUUUGGCUCGUUAUCUUUGCGCAGCGGAUGGCCCUUUGCGCACACAGUUACUGCGUAUCGAACAAGCUCACCGGGAUAUUGCAGAUCGUCGCAGCGCUUCUGUCUGAUGUGGCGCUGAUAGCAUUGCCCAUUUGGUCCUUCGGCACAUCCAAGCUAUCCCAAGAACGCAAGAUAACAAUCAUCGCGGUAUACAUUGCAACAAUCGUCAUCACAGCAGCCGUUAUCUUUGACUCAAUCGAGGCUAUUCUUCCCCAAGGGAAGCUAGCCCUUUUGAGUAUGAACCUCAAGGUCGCUUAUCUCUCCAGCUUUGCUUGA